GCGGGCCGCCGUGCCCUCCCCUCCUCCCCCACUCAGCGCAGCGCGGCCAUGGCGGACUCCUCGCUGGACGACAUCAUCCGGAGGCGCGGCCUGCGCCUCAAGGGCCGACCGGUUCCAAGUGCCAGGCCCGUUGCCGGCGGCAUUAAGUCACGGAUUGGGGAUCAGUUUGCGAACGUGAACACGAGCAGGCCAGUCAGCGGCUUUCAAAGGACUUUUGAUGCGCGACAGAAGAUCGGCAUCACGGACGCUCGGCACCGGCUCACCAUGAGGGACGCCCGCGAUCGCUUGGCGCAGAAGGGCAUGCGCUCGAAAAUAACCGGGGGCUCCUCGAAGGUCCUCGAUGCACGCGAAAUGAUAAAUUCAAGGAAAAGCCAGGAUGGAAGCGAGAAAGGGCUGGCGACGAAAAGGGUUCUGGAUGCUCGGGAGCGACUGAAAGCCAGGAGGAGCGCUCCAGCCAUGACCACCGCUCCAACGACCGGGACUAUCAACACGGGCGGCAGGAUCACCAAAACUAUCCAAGUACCUCAGAAAAGAUCGGCUCCUCCUGUGCUGUCGCACCCGUUGGGAAUGCAGAUUAACGUGGUGAAUGACCAGAGCCCUAUCCAGGUCGUUGACGAUGAGGAUAUUGAGGAGGAGGAGGAGGAGGAGCAAGAUCAUAUUCUACGCCCAACACCCGUGGCAAACAAACCCAUGAAAGUCACCACACUGACAAACCACUUCGCUCAAAAACGGGUUGGUUUGUCUACCUCCAAGCUGUCCCUUGGGAAGCCCGUCCCUCUGACCAAAGUGGUGCAGAAUGACUCGUACACUGCUCCUCCGCCACCUCCACUCACCCUCACGCGCUCCAGACCCACAACUAACGUAUCGAGCGCGCCAGCACUCGCAGCCGGGCCGGAGCCAGCUGACGACGCGUUACCUCCGGAGCUGAAUCUGAGCCCAUUGGAAGGAACAAAAAUGACCGUCAACAAUCUCCAUCCACGAGUGACUGAGGAGGAUAUUGUGGAGUUGUUUUGUGUUUGCGGCGCUCUGAAGCGUGCCCGCCUCGUCCAUCCAGGAGUGGCAGAAGUCGUCUUCGUCAGAAAGGACGAUGCCAUCGCGGCGUACAAGAAGUACAACAACAGAUGUUUGGACGGUCAGCCGAUGAAAUGCAACCUUCACGUGAAUGGUAACGUCAUCACUUCAGAGCAGCCAAUCCUAUUGAGACUGAGCGACACUCCGGCGGUGAAGAAGCCCGAGAUUCUCCGCAGCAAGCCUCGCCCGUCCAACCAGCCCCCGGCAGAGGUCGACCCGGAGACUGUCCUGAAAGCUCUUUUCAAAUCCUCGGGACCCUCGACGUCAGCCCAGCCCACCGCUUUCAAGAUCAAACUCUAACUGGUGCUGGCGAUGCCACCCCCACACGCGGCCGCCCACAGCCCAACUCCUCUGCCUUUGUUGUGUUUAAUGGUUUCCCGACUUUCUUUAAGUCCUUUCCACCUGAUGCUGUCUGGAGCGGGUGACGUAGAAUGAGCAGUAAGUAGCUGAGGUCACCUGUGCUCUCUCUCCCCCAGAUACCCCAGCCUCUCUCCUCCCUUCACCCCAUCGAUGAAGCCAGUGAAUGCGCCCUUUAAGCCACUGUGCCUGACUGCAUUCCUUCACUGGCGAUACAGGUCGUUCCAUGGGCUAGCCUGAAUACAGUGAUUCCAAGGACAUUGGUCAAUUGUCCCCUCUCUCCAGUGUAGGCUGAGCUCUGUGGGAGGCAGCUAGAGUGACAGAGAUGCAGCACUUUAACCGGCUGCUGCCCACACCCUGACUCAGAGCUCCACCUCCCCCACAGGCAGUUGAGUCACUGCUUCUCUGCUCACCUUCAGCUGCACACACACGUGCCAUAGCUUGGACAAAGAAAGGCAGCAGAAAACUAAACUACUGGCUUUCUCAAUCACCUUCCAAUGUUUAUAGUGCUGUUGGAUGUGUAUGCAAAGCUGUGUGUGUCUCAGUCUGUGUGUGUGUGUGUGUGUGAGUGUGUGUGUCUCCGUCUGUGUGUGUGUGCGUGUCUGUCCGUCUGUGUGCGUGUCUGUCCGUCUGUGUGUGUGUGUGUCUCUGUCUGUCUGCCUGCACGUGUCUGCCUGACUGUGUCUGAGACUGACUGACUGUAUAUGUGUCUGACCGACUGUGUGUGUGUGAGAGAGACUGUCUGUGUGUGUGAGUGUCUUUCUGCCUGCGUGUGUGUGUGUGUGCGUGCUCUGCAGGGCGCUAAGGACUGAGGUGUGGGGACUGGGACUGAGAGUCUGCAAUCACUGCUCCCUAACUCCCACCUCCCCAACCUCUCGCUCGCGGGGCUGGGGGCGGGGGGGGGGGGGGAAUCCGCCUCGUGCUUCUCUCCGCUGGAGCGGCCUCGUGUUAGCAGCUGGGCCCGGCCGACUAUCAGCAGCGGGAGGGGAGCAGGAGAGGCGAGGGCGGUGUUACGGGAAGCCCUGUGGAGCUAGGCCGGGAAAGGGAAUGCGACGGAGGCGCUGGGGGGCCGCUUGCAUUCCGGUCCACCUGGGUAUCGAGUAACAAGACUCCAUGCAGGCCCAGUGUCCCGCUCACGAUUCUACACUCACACUCUACCUACCCACCCCUGAGAGAGUGUACGAUGUGGCUGAUCCUUCCCUGCCUCCAGCUUAUGGGGGGUGGGGGGUCUCUAUUGCUUAGUGUGUUGGGCUAGGCUGCUGCCAUCCUGCAGUCUGGACCGUUGAGAGGAAAAGGCUGUCCGGUCCACCGCUCCCUCCCCCUGAGUCCUGGCAUCAAACUCCAGGACCCAAUGGCUGUCACGGAGGCUCCCUGCAUUUAAUAAAUGCAGUGAAAUCGUUUUGUAAUCGCAUUAAAGCAACCUCUUUAGCGUCUCACUUGUGGAAGAAUCUCAGGGCCUUCUGACGGUCCCCGCGUGAGGUGAAGGGGCGCGUAUAUCGAACACUGCACGGGUACAAGGCCGCGCUUGUGUUUAAAAGGGAAACUGUGUUCAAUUUUACUGCUGGUGUCUUCCAGAGAGAGAUGAUUCGUAGGUUGUAAAUCCCGUGUGAAUCAGCCCGUGUCUGAGAGAAGGACUCCUUUGUGUAGCAGUCGGCCGGGUUCCCCGUGUGGAUAUGUGAGUGGACCCUGUGGAAGAAGAGGGGUGAAUAGACCCUUUGCUGUGUGAUGAGAGUCAUUCUGUCCUCCCAGCCCGUCUCAACGUGUGGGGUGGUUCUGCCCCUUCCUGUUGCAGUAGAGAGUCGACCCCUUGGGCAGCCACAGGCUGGCACAGCAGGUGGUCACGGCCUGCGUGAUCCUGGGCUCCGCGUCCUGCCAGCCCGCUCGCCCACCGCAGGCCGUGUCCACAGAGCAAGUUCCUGUCCGUUUUUGUCUUUAGCCGUGAAUCGGUGUGACUGGGUGAUCGUUCAGGCAUUGUCAGAAGGGUGUUUUUAUUUUUUUGUUGUUAUUCAUAGUUGAAAGAUGUGCCGGUGUGUUUGCUGCCAGUGAGUGCCGGCGAGGCUUAUCCCAGUUGGCGCAGCGGGCCCCGUGUGUCCGUCUGUGAAACGCAGCAGAACCUGCCUGGGUUAAUCUUGGACUAACCCACCGCAGUCUGAAACAGCGGCCAGGACACCAAGCCCAGUGUGCGAGGGUCCUGCCGUGACAUCGGCCAGUAUUGCAGUCAAGAUGCCACAAGUGCAGCACGAUACUGACUGAUGUACUGUGAUCAAUUAUAUGUGACCCCUUGUUAGAAUGAGA